GCUGAUUAAAGAGGCGCGCGGAGGCGGGCGCGGUACUUACUGCUGCAGCUCUCCUAGGGUGGCCCACGUGUCUCCCAGAGUCUGGCCCUGAGUUCCCCCAGCUGCUUUCGCCACUGUAAUCCAGGGCGACCCCCAUCCCCUAGGUGUGUGCUCAUCCCCAGCCCGCGUGAGCAGGGCCACGCACACUUCCCAGCGCUCAGGGGGCCGACUCGGAGGAGCAACUUGCUCGGAGAACCUCGCUGGGAAUACGGAGCACUGCGCAUGCGGAGCUCCAAAUUCAAACAGCUGUUUCCAGAGGCUGCAGGGCCGGUGGACCCGGAGCCACUGGGGCUAGGAGACGCUUUCUUGAGGAGGCGGCCUCUCGGGAACCAUGGUGGACAGGGGCCCUCUGCUCACCUCGGCCAUCAUCUUCUACCUGGCCAUCGGUGCGGCGAUCUUCGAGGUGCUGGAGGAGCCGCACUGGAAAGAGUCUAAGAAAAACUACUAUACACAGAAAUUGCAUCUACUCAAGGAAUUCCCGUGUCUAGGCCAGGAGGGACUGGACAAGAUCCUGCAGGUGGUAUCUGAUGCUGCAGAUCAGGGCGUGGCCAUCACAGGGAACCAGACCUUCAACAACUGGAACUGGCCCAAUGCAAUGAUUUUUGCAGCCACCGUCAUCACUACCAUCGGCUACGGCAACGUGGCCCCCAAGACUCCUGCCGGUCGUCUCUUCUGUGUCUUCUAUGGUCUCUUUGGGGUGCCACUCUGCCUGACAUGGAUCAGUGCCCUGGGCAAGUUCUUCGGGGGACGAGCAAAGCGGCUGGGCCAGUUCCUCACCAAGAGAGGCGUGAGCCUGCGGAAGGCGCAAAUCACGUGCACGGCCAUCUUCAUCGUGUGGGGCGUCCUGGUCCACCUGGUGAUCCCGCCCUUCGUGUUCAUGGUGACCGAGGAGUGGGACUAUAUCGAGGGCCUCUACUACUCCUUCAUCACCAUCUCCACCAUCGGCUUCGGGGACUUCGUGGCCGGUGUGAACCCCAGUGCCAACUACCACGCCCUGUAUCGCUACUUUGUGGAGCUCUGGAUCUACCUGGGGCUGGCCUGGCUGUCCCUCUUUGUCAACUGGAAGGUGAGCAUGUUUGUGGAGGUCCACAAAGCCAUUAAGAAGCGGCGGCGGCGGCGAAAGGAGUCCUUCGAGAGCUCCCCGCACUCCAAAAAGGCCCUGCAGAUGGCGGGGAGCACAGCGUCCAAGGACGUCAACAUCUUCAGCUUUCUGUCUAAAAAGGAAGAGACCUACAAUGACCUCAUCAAGCAGAUUGGGAAGAAGGCAAUGAAGACGAGCGGGGGUGGGGAGAAGGUCCUGGGGAUGGGACCUGGACCGGUACUGGGACCGGGACACGGACCAGGACCAGGACCAGGACCCGGGCCAGGGCCUCAUGGGGGCGGGCUGACAGAUGUCCCCGCCUCCCUGGCCCCCCUGGUGUUCUACUCUAAGAACCGGGUGCCCAGCUUGGAAGAAGUGUCUCAGACUCUAAGGAGCAAAGGCCAUGUGUCACGGCCCCCCAGUGAGGAGGCGGGGGCAGAGCCCCCCGAGGGUGGUCCCCCAGCCUCUGAGGUGUUCAUUAACCAGCUGGACCGCAUCAGCGAGGAGGGCGAGCCGUGGGACGCCCAGGACUACCACCCACUCAUCUUCCAGAACGCCAACAUCAGCUACGUGAACGAGGAGACGGGCCUCUUGGACGAGGAGACAUCCAAGUCCUCGUUGGAGGACAACCUGGUUAGAGAGGAGGGGCCCCAGGAAGAGGCUGAGGCCGAGGUGCCCCUGAAUUUGGGCGAGUUUCCCUCAUCAGACGAGUCCACCUUCACCAGCACCGAGUCAGAACUCUCUGUGCCUUACGAACAGCUAAUGAACGAGUAUAAUAAGGCAAACUGCCCCAGGGGCACGUGAGGUAGGGCCGGCUCCCCACUCCACCUCUGAUUGCUUCCGUUACCUUUAUCCUGGGGCAUCCUGCCAUGCCUGGGAGCCCCUGGAACUGGGAGUGGGGAGCCAGGGGCCUGUCUCACCUUUCAUCCCCUACAGCUAAGCAAGGUGUGUGUGCCCAGGACAGGGCCUCUGUUCUCCAGCUGAGCGGGCACCCUGGCAGUGGGAGGCAUCUGUCCUGAGCGUAGCUGGUUUAUUGGAUGGUUCAAAGACAUGUGUGGGCUGGCAGGACUGACCUUUGCCCCAUCGUACGGUUGAGAAUGUCACACGGUUCUCUUAAGUUGAGGCCUCGGCCAUUUGAGUUUACCAGUAUUAAUGAGCUGCUUCUGUGUUUGGGCUCAGCACUGAGCUAAUCAUUGCUGGAGGGAUAACUAUGGUAUGGUGGGGCCAGACACUCAGGUCUCUGCUGGAGCAGGACCCUGCCCAGGGCAAGGAUUUAACCACCUCCCAGUCCCUCUGUCUACCUGACUGGCCCCUACUUCAAACCUUCCAGGGAAGAGACUACCUGGGGGAAGGGAGUGAGGAGAUAAAGGGCAGGUACUGCAACACUCCUGAUACCAGCAGGGCCUAAGACCAGUGUGUCCCUGGGGUCCUAGACCUUGUUCAUUUACUGAGACCCAGCCCAGCCUGGAGACCAGUCUCCUGUCUCUGGCACCCUUUGGCCUCCCAGGAAGUGUUGGGAGGAAGAGAAGGGGAAGGCCAUGGUUACCAAGGCUGCGAUGCCUGGGGCUGGUCACCAGGGAGCUGUAGGAGCCAGCUCAGUUCUGCCCCCACCUUCCUGUUUCCCUGUGCCCAGAACAAGGACCUCACCUCUCACUCCCCAGGUUGCUCUGGGCUCACAGGUGGAAAUGGCCAAAUAUGUGAAUCAGGCUCCUCCCCCUAGCCUCCUCUGUGUGUGUGUAAUAAAGGAUUUGUGAUGGGGGGAGCAGAAGAUAAUGUGAAACUGUAUACAGACUUUCCAGUGAGGGGCUGCAGAGUUCUUAGGCUCUCCGCGAUGCACACUCUGGGGCCUGUCCCCUCUGCCAUGCGCGUUUUAUUAUUUUUUAAAUAAACUGUUGUUUUUAUACA